UCCAAAAGUCACGACAUUGUCGUCUCUUUUUCCCUCUACUCCCCAUCUCCUCUACGAAACCCCCCUUCUCACUUCUAUCUCUCCCUCCCUCUCUCUCUCUCUCUCUUCCUCUCCGCUCGAAGUCUGGAACUUGUUAUCUCAUCAAUGUCACAGCUUUGAGAUCCGGUGUCUUGAUCGACAAGCUACGCAUUUGCAUUUCCUCCUCAUUUUAACCUGAUUUGCACUGCAUCAGACCGACCGACCGAUCGAUAUUUCAAUCCAAUUGCUUCAUUGAACAAAGUAGAUUCUCGGCAAAUCCUAGUCGACUUGCCUCGUGGUCUCCGACCGCUUCGUCCCGCCCUCCUCAAGCCGUCUAUCUAGGUUUAGUUGCAGGCUUUUAUCGCAUCCGCAAGACCAGACCUCCCCGGCCGUAAAACCGAACGAAGCCCCGCCCGCAAGAGAGCACGGGCACCAGAUUUCCACCCCCGCCUUUGAAGCUCCUCCCAAAAGCUCUUCGCGCUGAAGCCUCUUCAGCCCUUGCGCCAUUCCUGGUCGCGUUUAGCCACUCAUUGUACGCGCGCAAAAACCCUUGUCGGCUUGUUCCUUGUCUGGCGAGAUUUCGCGCCUUGCGCAACCCUUGAUUUCCACCUUCAUUCCUCUACCAUUACUUUUCUCUCAAACUACCAGACGCAGACAUAAUGGUGGCAACAGAAGCUAUGGCAAACGAGCUUGCUGAAGGCAUCGACAGUCUCAAGGUCAGCGACGAUGAGCCACGUCUUGGUCCUGACGGAGAGCCCGCGCCCAAGACCGAUGAGGAGUAUGCUCAGGCCCAACUUACCGUGAGGGCCAUUGUGUCAUCCAAGGAGGCUGGCGUAAUCAUUGGCAAGGGUGGAAAGAACGUCGCCGACCUCCGUGAUGAGACGGGCGUCAAGGCCGGCGUCAGCAAGGUUGUCCAGGGCGUGCAUGAUCGUGUCUUGACCAUCACAGGUGGAUGCGAGGCCAUAUCCAAGGCAUAUGCCGUCGUGGCUCGUGCCCUCCUGGAAGGUGCGCCUUCUAUGGGCAUGGGAGGCGUCGUCUCCAACAAUGGAACCCAUCCCAUCAAGCUGCUCAUUUCUCACAACCAGAUGGGCACCAUCAUCGGCAGGCAAGGCCUCAAGAUCAAGCACAUUCAGGAUGUCUCUGGCGUUCGCAUGGUCGCCCAGAAGGAAAUGCUUCCACAAUCGACGGAGCGCGUCGUGGAGGUUCAGGGCACACCAGAAGGUAUUCAGCGUGCGGUCUGGGAGAUCUGCAAGUGUCUCAUUGACGACUGGCAGCGAGGCACCGGCACUGUACUCUACAACCCUGUCGUCCGCACACAGCCGGCGGGCGCAACACAAAUGGGAGGCGGUGGGGCCGGCUAUGGCACAUCCAACAGGGGCGACUACAGCUCUUCUAGGGUCACACGAACCGGCAACGGCGCUGACUUUAGCAACGGCGGCGGUCGUUCCUACAACAGACGCUCAGAUUCGGACGCAGCAAACCGUGGCCCACCAACCCAUGAUGAGAACGGCGAAGAAAUUCAAACGCAGAAUAUUAGCAUCCCGGCGGACAUGGUUGGUUGCAUUAUCGGCCGUGCUGGUAGUAAAAUUAGCGAAAUCCGCAAGACUUCCGGUGCUCGCAUAUCAAUUGCCAAGGCCCCUCACGAUGAGACGGGCGAGCGCAUGUUCACCAUCAUGGGCUCCGCCAAGGCCAAUGAGACAGCCCUCUUCCUUCUAUAUGAGAACCUUGAGGCCGAGAAGAUGCGUCGGAGUCAGAUGACGUCUCCAGAGUAGCUUCAUCACACUGCGCCGUCAAUGGACCCCAACUUCAACCCAAGCUGAGGAGCUUACCGCUGUCGAGACAUAAUUCGACUCCACACCACGAUCCUAUACUUAAAGGGGAAUCCUUUCUUUGUUUGAUCCUUUCUUCUUUUUUCCUUACUCGGUUCGACUCGAUAAUCCUUGUUCUCACUGAGGCAUUCAGACCUGACUUGCCGCGAGGCUGAACAAAUCUUUGGCGGGCGGGAACGACUCAAACGAUGCGAUGAUUUGUAUUUUCAUUUUCCUCUCACUUACCUUUUAUUCCUCACCAACUUCUACACGCCUCGAACAAAAUUAAUGCAGCAACACGCCCAUCAUAACAAUGCUGCCAUCUUUCUCCUGCCUUGAGACCGGGGAUCGACAGUCGGUUGCCUUGCCGUGUCUGUUGCCCACGGAGCAGCCAGUUGUUUGGACAGGCCAACAUGCGGGGUCUUCUGUGCCCUGGAUACUUUUGGUAUUAUACCUUGCGAAAAGGAUAACAGUGGAGGGCUCUUGGUUGUCACUUUGCCUGUCAUAUGUACUUUUCGGCAACAAAGCUCCCCUCACCUCGUCCUGUCCGAAUUCAACAACUGCGGUCCAGCCUUGGUCUCCUGCCUAUGGCCAUCGUACUCCUCCGAAAACCAGGCAGCAAGCAUCCAUUUCCAUCGACAACCAAAACAUCCACAAUUCAUCAGGCGAAACGGUAUUAAAGCAGCUAUUUGAGCUGUGCAGGUACUGCAAAACCAGCGAUCUUAACAGUACACGCUCGCUAUCUCUUUCAUCCCCCUUCACCCCUGGCGACUACGAUCCAUAAACCCCCAACACUUCAGACAAUACCACCUGUUUGGGGAGUUCAACUCAUGUUGGAAUUCACGAUCAGAUAUGGUCAAUACCUCCCAUGCGUAUGCAAGUAACAAUACCCGCAAGGCCACGCGUGACGCAAGAACGGGUGCCGGCUAGAAACCGUCAAACUCGGCUCUCGCAGCACAACUGGACUUUCGAAAGAGCCUGAGUAUCUUGCAUGGUCGGAUUUGUGGGUCGUGCAAUUCGGCGUUGGUCUUUAUUGUCUGGAAUAUGGCGCAUGGAUUCCCCUUCCCCGAUGAUUUUACUUUGUAGUACUUCUCUCCCCACCUUUAUAUCUCGCCUCUCUAUUACCGUUUGAAAACUCGACCGGUCCAAGCAAUACCACUCUAUUUGGUCGAAUACAUUCUUCAAAACACCGCCAUUUCAAUCGACGCACAUCAAUCUUUCACAACUUUCCUCUCUUUCAUUCAUAAGCCACGUCACAUCUCACUUGGAGAUUGUGAUCCCAAGGUUCGUACCUAUCAAGACCGUAAUCUUGGGACAAUCAAACAGUAGGCGAGAAUGGGAAAAGACUUCACUCUAGUAUUAGUCUAGUCGAGGAAAUCCAACAAGCUC